AUGCGAACCCGUUUACUUAGCAAGAUCGAAGAAAGAGGAGACGUCACAUUGGAGCAGCUGUCAAUCGAAUGCCAACGGUUAAUGAAUCUACAUCAUGAUACGGCUUUAAUCGAAGGCAGUUCGAAUGCGGUCAACGUGAUCAGCAGAAGACAGCCGAACUUCCAUAAGUUCCGAAAACAGUCGGUAGCGAAGAAGGACAAUUCGCCGAAGCAGCAUUCGUCCAGUAUGGAGAAAAAGCCAAGCGGUCCAUUGUCAUAUCCACAGUCAGUGAAUGCCAAAGCAGCCUCGGGUGACUCACUCAAGCUGGUGUCACAGUUCGAAUGUCCAAUAAGUGUUAACGGGGUAACACACGUAGGCACGAUUUUCGUCGCGGAAAAAGAUUUACAUAUUUUUGGACUUGACUUAAUCGAAGCAUUCCAUCUAGAUUCGGUUCCGAUGAAUGCAUUUUGCUACGAAGUUUCCGUUUUUCCGACGUCAGUGAAUCGUCUUAAGGCUCACUAUCCACAAGUUUUUAGUACCGAGCUAGGUAAAUGCACAACAACUACAGUGAAGCUCAAACUAAAACCAGAUCAAAUCCCAGUUUUUCGCCCUAAACGUCCGGUGGCGUACGCCAUGUACAGCGCAGUUGACGAUGAGUUGCAUCGGUUGGAGAGCAUGAAUAUAAUAACACCAGUAGAUUACUCGGAACGAGCAGCUCCGAUAUACCCGCUACCGCUUACCCAGGAAAUUUUUGUGAAACUGACUCAUUGCGAGGUGUUUAGCAUUGUGGGUAUGUCCGAGUCCUAUCUUCAGCUGCAAGUCGACGAAGCCACCAGUAAACUCCCGGCUAUUAAUGCCCACAGGGGCAUCUUCAAAGUAUAUCGUUUGGCACCUGAAGUGAAAGCAGCACCGGGAGCAUUUCAGCAAGUCGUCGAUGCAAUGCUAGUAGAUCUGCAGCACACGAGCGGUUACAUCGAUGACAUCAUCGUAGGCCGCCGCAAUGAAGAGAAGCACUGGGAGAACCUGAAAGCACUGUUCGAGCGUCUAUUAGGCCACAAUCAGGCAAAUACCUCCUCCUGUCGACGUGUCCGGCGUUCGUGCUUUUCUAGGGGCCGUUAA